GCCAUACGAGACGCUUAAGAACUUGAAGCCCGCGACGGAAAUACUGACGCUACAUCGACAUGCGUAACACGCGGGCAGGGCGUAGAGGCACUCUUUUGGCUGCACUGUAUGUAUCUAUGAUAACAUUCCCGGGAAUAAGCGCUACACGCCUGACUCUAACCAAACACCAAGUACCUAGACACCAACAUCCGUCUCAACCCUCGAGUGUUCAACGGCAACACACGCGGCACAGUACUAUUUGCCUUCCAUCAUCCAACAAGUAUAUCCUGAUCGGGGUACGUCGGAGGAGGUCGCGCCGGUAGACGCCCUCGCAAUUUGCUCGACUCAGCAGCAGGCUUCCUGGCAGGAACAGCAACCGUCGCAGAUCGAGCACGACGCCUCCUCACCACCGCGGAGAGCCAUCUCGGGCUGUGGCUCCGGGGUCGGCUGCUGGACGACAACGGCAUUGUCGCCGACGGCCGCCAUGGGAGGCUGUGGCUCUGGGGCUUGCGAAGGGGGCAUUGUCGAUGCUCGGGGCCGAGACUGAUGUGAUUGGGCGUUUACCUAUCUCAAAAGACUUGAGGAUUGCCAAGGAGGCCAAGGAAAGCCAAGGGAGCCAAGAGGGACGGCCAAGCCGGGAAGGAAAGGCUUGGCCUUCUCCCUUUAAAUACCGCGAAAAGUGAGCUC